AUGCGGGACCUCAUGCACACGGCCGGCAGGAGUUUUGGAAACUUUUCCACGGGCUGCAGCUCCUUCUCCUCCUCCUCUUCCUCCUCUUUCUUCUCGUCUACUAGCGCUUUCCCCGCUCGCCCGCGCUGCAGCCACCCCGUCCGCAAUGGUGGCCCGCUCGCCCGCUGGACGGAGGCGGCAGGCGCGGUGCCCGGGGCGGCCGCCUGGCUGUGGCUGGCGGCGGCGCUGGGCGCAGUGUCGCCGCGGGGUUCGCUGGUGCUGGCCCGGCGGCUGAUCUGCUGCAAGGAGGCGGUGCUGCGGUCAGGGGAGCCCGAGUGCAGCUACGCGUUACAACCAUCCGCCGAGGCGUGCGCCCCGGUGCUCCUGCCAGCAGCAGCCGCGGCGGCGGGCGGCGCGGGGAUUGCCGACGGGCGCUGCAGGCGCAGCCGCCCCUCCAGGCGGCGGUGCCCCCAGCCACUGCACGCGGCCGCUCAUCCAGCUAACACCCGGCCGGCCCGGCGCUGAGACUGCGACUGCGCGCAGAACGAGAACUGCGCGCCACAAGCGCGCCUCGAGCCCUGCCUGCCGACCCGCAGCCCGGGCAGUGGCCCGCGGUCCGGCCCCGGUGGCCGCGGCGUCAUGGGCUGCACGGAGGCGCGGCGGCGCUGCGACUGGGACAGCCGCUGCAGCCUGGCGCUGAACCGCUACAUGACCUACUGCGGGAAGCUGUUCAACGGGCUGCGCUGCACGCCCGAGUGCCGCGCUGUCAUCGAGGACAUGCUGGCCGUGCCCAAGGCCGUGCUGCUCAACGACUGCGUCUGCGACGGGCUGGAACGGCCCAUCUGCGAGUCGGUCAAGGAGAACAUGGCACGCCUCUGCUUCGGCGCCGACAUGGGCGGCAACAGCGCGGGCAGCAGCGGCGGCCGGUCGGACGCGGCCUGCGAGGAGUACUUACGACAGGACUACGAGGAGGAGCGACCAGAAGGGAGGGAACGACGCCAGGACAAUGCCGGCGCCGAUUCCGGCUUUUCCCUUUGGGUUCCCAGGGCAGCGGAUAGCGCUGGCGACCCGCCCGCGGCCGCCCGCGCUCCUCGCCUCCGUUCGUGCUGCCCUGCCCUGCCGAACGGCUCUAGAUCCUCCCUCUUCGCAUCCUUCCCUGCCUCCCUUGAUCAACCUGACUGUUACUCACCACGGCCUCCCCCGUCCCCACCGCCGGCGGGCCGCGGCCAGGCCCCCGCGCCGAGCCGCCGCGGGCCUCAUCGAACGCUCCUCGCCGCGCGGGGCCCGGUAUCCCGGCCGCGGGGCCUCUCGGCGCGAGCGGCCCCUAUAUACGUUCCGGCCGUGGAUACUCCCGACCCGUCCGCCCCGGCGCCCGUCCCUUCCCUGUCUUCCCCGUCUGCCUCCGCUGCUGCCUGUCGCCCCCUUGCGCCCCCUUUCCCCGGCCCAGCCCUGCGAGUCGGUGGCUGGAGCUGUGGCCGUGGCGCAGGGGCCGCUCCUGUUUCGGGUGUUGGUCUCUCUCGAGUGUGCACUAUGCAAUUGCUGCCACCCUGCCUUCGUGUUACCAGCGAGCGGAGCGGCUGA